GAAGAAGGAGGCUGUCGAGAUUGGGACUCAGAAGAGGGAGGUAUAGGGAGAGGCUCUCUCAAAAGUGAUCAUUCUGAAGCAGAACCAGAGCUCCCGGCUGCCUAACAACAAAGGGCGAGGGCCCUGCGAGAGCGUAAAGACAAGAAAUUUUAUCCGUCCAUACUGACAUCACACCCUGUGACCUCAGCAUCUUCAUUUCCUGAAAGCCAUGAUGUCAGAAGAGAUCAUUGAGGACAAAGCCAAGUUGAAGCAGGGCCUGGUAAAGGUACUAGAGUGUGUGGCCACAAUAUCCUCGGCAGCGGCAGUGGUCAACCCCAUUUUUGGCGUGGCCGGCUCCCUGAUCCGGGUGGUGCUGCACCACGUGGACGAUGAGGACAUCCGCACCCUGAAGCGUGAGUUCGGCUCAGUCAACAAGGCCCUGGACGAGCUUUCCCAUCAGAAUCGCAGCGCUCUUCUGCAGAUCAAGAAGGAAACACUUGAUGGCCAGUACUGCCGCGUGGAGGAGAACCUGCGCAACCAGUUCCGAAAGUUCAUGGAGAUGGUGGAGGCCCGGCCUGAGCACCGCGAGCGCAAGAAGGACGACUUCGAGGAGAGCUACGCCAACGACCUGGGCGACCAGAACCUGCACACGCUUUACGAUGGCGUUGUGGGCAAACCGAAGCUUUUCAGCAAGCCUAUCCUGGAGGUCUACCUGAAGCACUCGCAGGGCGACCGCCGCACCAUGGAGCGACUCUGCACACGCCUCACCUACCUGUUCUGCAUCGGGCUCAUCGCCCUCAUGGGCUACGCCGCCAUCAUCGGAGACGACGAGGAGGGUCUGAGCGAAGAGUGGGCGGAGAAGAUGGAGAAUGUGCAGGAGAAGAUGCAGGAGGCUCUGCGGAGGUGCAAGUGAAGAAAAGAUGGAGUAUUAGCUCCUCUUCAUGCUUUUCCCUCUCAUGUUUGGGACUGCACAUUCCCUCUGUAUCUCAGAUUUCUUCCUCAUCCUCUCGUACGUUCUCCCCCUGUGAGCACUGUGUAUGCAUCUUCAUUCACUCUCUGCUUGACUCUAACUACCCACCUGUCAGUGAGGAAGACGCUGCUUAAUAUCCAACAGUAGUCGUAACAUGAUUUAGCCAAAAUUCUGUGAUCGAUCUGCAUACACAGUGGUCUGUGAAUCCGAGGGGCGUAUAUUCAGGCCAGGCUGAUAUAUCAAAAUGCCAAAAUUAGUGGUCAAUAUUUGCCUAAUCGACAUCACCAUCGGCUCACACUUACCAAUAUUGUCAGUGCGUGUAGAUAUAUGAUAAAGCCACUGGUAGAAAUGUAUUAUGGUUUCAAAGGAUAUAAAGGCCUUUUCUAGUUAGUUAGUCGUAUCAUUACAAUUUGUAUUCCCUGAAAGGUAAAUUUGAGUGAGCAGUGUGAUAAAAUAAUGUGCAAUCACACACACACACACACACACACACACACACACACACUUAGAAAUGAUUGGCUAUAUCAGUUUUCUGAGCCUGAUCAAAAAAUGUUGAGGCUGCAACUUAUAUCCAUGACAUUAUGCACUUUUUGAAAAUAGUUGCCUAUUUGCCAUUUGUCCCAGUUGUAGGGAAAGACAUUUAGUCCUUUACAAGGAAAUCAACACAUUGGAAACGACAGCUCUCCUGUGGACGGACUUAAACAUGAACACUAAAGGCAUAGCUAAAUGCAAAUAGAAGGUGGAUAGGAAAUGAGCUUAGUCUACUCUGUCAUAUGAAUGUACAACCACUAGAGGGCGUCAUAUUGAAUUUAAAAAAAAAAAAGCUGGAGUUAACACAGGCAGAGUUUUGAUCAUUUUCCAACAACACCUGAACUUAAAUGUGACCAAAAGA